UUUUGACUAGUUCGCUUCCAGUUAAAAUCCGUGCCCUCGCUUAGUUCCACCCGUAAAACCCCCCAAUUAUUAUGGCCACCGUUGCUCCUGGUAGCGCCACCGUCGAUCCCGACCGUUCUCCGCCUCUCUGCCUAGACUCCAUCCCCGCCGUCGAUCUCCGCCUCCUCUCACAAUCCGAACUCCAUUCUCUCUCCCAGUGCUCCAACUCCUCUUCCGAUCUCCACCGUUGCGACGACGUCGUUAUCCCUAAAAUCGACCGCUCCGUUUUCAAUGAGUCCGCCGGCAGCCGUAAACAAACCUACUCACGCCUCCGCCUUGCUCCUCCGGAUUCCUCCGCCGCUACCACCAUUCACCGCCGCAUGCCUCGCAUCCGCGCGUCGCGUACACUCGCGUCUAACGUUGUCAAUGAUCCUGAACAAGCGGAAAACUCUCAGAUUGUUGGUGUGCUGAAGGAACUCUUUAGUUCAGACUCUAGUUUUCAGGAUCUACCUCCGGUUGAAGUUGAUAAAGAAAAUGAAAGCAAUGCAGUUGCACCUGAAUCUUUAAACACCAAAGCGGCUGAAUCGUUAGACACCGAAGCACCUGAGUUGUUAGAAACCAAAGCGCCUGGGUUGUUACACACCAAAGCGCCUGAGUUGUUAGACACCGAAGCGCCUGAAUCAUUAGAAACCGAAGCGCCUGAGUUGUUACACACCGAAGCGCCUGAGUUGUUCGACACCGAAGCGCCUGAGUUGUUCGACACCAAAGCGCCUGAGUUGUUCGACACCGAAGCGCCUGAAUCAUUAGAAACCGAAGCGCCUGAGUUGUUAGAAACCAAAGCGCCUGAGUUGUUACACACCGAAGCGCCUGAGUUGUUACACACCGAAGCGCCUAAAGUGUUAGAAACUGUAGCACCUGAAUUGUUAGAAACUGAAGCGCCUGCAUCUUUAGGAGCACCUGAAUUGUUAGAAACCGAAGCGCCUGAGUCGUUUGGAGCACCUGAAUUGUUAGAAACCGUAGCGGCUGAGUCGUUAGCUGCGCCUGAAUCGUUAGGAGCACCUGAAUUGUCAGAAAUCGGACCGUUUGAAUUCAUAGACUCGGACACUGAAGCGCCUAAAUUUUUUAAACCUCAAAUGCCGCGAAAGCGAGGGAGACCGCGAAAAGAUGAGAAUGCGGUUUCCAUUCGCCCUCCUGCAGCGAAGAGAAUGCGUGACAGUAACAGUACGGUUAAGAAAGUAGUUGUUUACGAUGAUGAUAAAGAUAGAGAAAUUGUGAAUAGUAGAGGCGAGAAGGUAAACCUGAUGAAUCUGGGCAGGUUGGAGGAUCCGUAUGGACCGGAAAUUAGGAGGAGGACUGAGGGUUUGUCUACCUCGGAUGAGUUGUUAGGGUUCUUGAGAGGUUUGAAUGGACAGUGGGGGACAACGAGAAAGAAGAGAAGGGUUGUGGAUGCAAGUGAUUUUGGGGAUGCUUUGCCUAAAGGUUGGAAGCUGAGUCUUUGUAUCAAGAAGAAAGAAGGCCAUCUUUGGAUAUUUUGUCGUCGUUACAUAAGCCCUAGUGGUCGGCAAUUUGAGUCAUGCAAGGAUAUAUCUAUGUACUUGCUUUCCAUUCUCGGAGAAGAAAAUAUGGAUGAACCAAAUCAUCCUCACAUCAACAACCAUGAUGACUCUGCCUUGAAAGAAUCUUCUGGAAAUCAGGCUGCAAAUCUUUAUGCUCAAGAAGACCUAGAAAGAAACAGCACUGAUCAUAACUCAUCAACACCACCAAUUUCUUUACCUGCUGACUGUGAGAAGCAAAUCAAAUAUGGUAUUGUGGGUCCCAUGAAUGCACAUGUAGAUGUUUAUAAGUGCCUUAAAUGCUAUUUGAUCUUUGAAGGAAAAAAUGAGUUAUGGGAUCACAAGUCUUUAUCUCACAAAGAUGAACAAUCUCAACUUGGUUCUUCCAUUCCUGAUUGGAGUAUAGUAAUAGGUGGAAUAUUUAACUGUAAUUUGUGCCAUAAGACGUUUUAUGAAAUAAAUCAGUAUAAUGGACACAUUGGGACCCAUGCAACAGAUGAAAACAAAACUGCAGAAAAAAGCGUUGACUCUGUAUCAGUUUCAGCUGAAACUGAUCAUGAUCAUAGGAUGAGUUUUGUCACAGAAUCUAAUAAAAUUGACGAGUUUGCUCAUGAUCUUGACAUGAAUGAAGAUGUUUUACUCGAAGAAUCUGGUGAUGGGAUUGGUAACAAAUGUGUAAAUGACAAUAAUGCCCUUGAAACAGACAAAGCUCCCGUUGUUUCUGUUUCUGUCUCUGUUUCCAAACCGGAAUGUGAUCUUGAUCAAGAUAUAGUUGUUAGAUCUAUCGAUCAGGAUUCAGGUUCUGAAACUAGGGUUCAGAGUUCAAGCAUCUGCGAAGAAAAAGGUUUUCAACCAGACAUCAACGAUACACGUAUAUAUAGUUCUUUUGAUGAGCUGACAACUGAAAAGGGUAACGUUGUAUAUAACGAAUCAUCAGGGGUUUUCCAUGGUGUAUCCAAUGGUCAAGAUGCAGUUUCUGAAACUAGGGUUCAUACUUCAAGCAUAUGUGAAGAGAAGGGAUAUCGGGAAAAGAUCAACGAUGUGCAUAUGUCUAGUUCUUUUGAUGAGUUUACGUCUGAAAAGGGUAAAGUUUUAAAUAAUGAGUCAUCAUCAGGGGUCUUCCAUGGUAUCUCAUAUGGUCAAGAUGCAGUUUCUGAAGCUAGGGUUCAGACUAAGGGCUUUCGAGAAAACAUCAAUGAUACGCAUAUCUUUAGUCCAUUCGGUGUGUUGACUUCUGAAAAGGGCAAAGUUGUAAAUAAAGACUCAUCAUCAGGGGUUUUCCAUGGUAUAUCUAACGGUCAGGAUGCAGUUUCCGAAACUAGGGUUCAUACUUCUAGCAUAUGUGAAGAAAAGGGAUAUCGGGAAAAGAUCAAUGAUAUGCAUAUGUCUAGUUCUUUUGACGAGUUUACGUCUGAAAAGGGUAAAGUUGUAAAUAACGAGUCAUCGUCAGGGGUUUUUCACGGUAUCACAUAUGGUCAAGAUGCAGUUUCUGAAGCUAAGGUUCAGACAAAGGGCUUUCGAGAAAACAUUAAUGAUACGCAUAUCUUUACUCCGUUUGGUGUGUUGACUUCUGAAAAGGGCAAAGUUGUAAAUAAAGACUCAUCAUCAGGGGUUUUCCAUAAUCAUCUUGGACGUGAUCAGGCUCGUUUGGCUGAAACAAAGAAGCUUUCUGAGUCAGAAAACCUUUCCCUUUUUUCAAAUACGCUUAAUAUAGCCGUCGAUAAUUCCAAAAAACAAGAUUCUUUUCAAAAGUUAGGUUUUGCAUCUGUUGAUCAGGUUGCUCAUGGGUUUGAUGAAAAUCGAUUUUCUUAUAAUAUGUCAAGUUCUAAACUUGAUGAACCAUAUGGAGUCCGGAACCGUGAGUUUGACCGGUACGUGGGAAAAGAACAUGUGAAUAAGGAAUAUGUUCAAAUUAAGAAUGCUGAGAAAUCAGGUGAAGCCAAUUUAAACGAAUACCAAGUUUUUCGGAACAAUGAUUCAAUCAAUAACGAGGUCGUUUCUUUGGGCAGCAGCAGCCAGAAUGGUUUAAACGCAAAUGUUAUGAAUUUUAAUCCAGGGAAAAAUAUUGAAUUUUCUUCACUUGUUCCCCCAGGGAAUAAUCAAGCAUUUGGCUUUCAAGAUGGGCUUAAAUUUGAUGAUAUUUUUGGGGAUAAAUUUGAUGAAAAUAUCCAUGAGUUAAGUCUUGCUUUUGGGAACCCUAAUUCUCUGUAUGAAGAUACAGUUGGUGUCAGUGAGCAGAAAAAGGAUGGUUUAAAUUGUUCUUCGAGGGUUUCAUCUAAGAUUAAUGACACUUUUGACGUCCAAACUGAUUUGAGUAUGGUUAAUAAUAGUAUGGUUCAAGAUCUCAAAAGGGGAAAUGAAACAAGGGGUUUUCAAAAUAAUGAUAAUUCGGUUUAUCCCGGUAGAACGUGGGGUGAUUUUAAAUCAGAUGAAUUCAGGAACUCUGAAGGCAAGAAGUUUAUGAUGGGUUCUGGUAGCAAUCAAAUGUGGAAAACGCCUCAAGGAAAUCAUCUGCAAAGUGGUUUAGUGAAUUCUAAUGCACCGAUUCAGUCCCCAAAUUUCCAUUCGUUUGACAUAAUGUCUCAAAAGGCUCAAGAUGGACUCUUCAGACAACAUACUGAAAGAUAUAAUCAAAGUAGAUCUGAACCUGUGGAAUUCAGGUUUCUAACAGAUAGAUCGGAACAUAAUCCACAUGCGCUUCAAUCGGGUUCAAGGGUAUUUCCAUACAAUUACAACACAGGAAUUGACCAAGGGUUUGACUCCAGUUUUUGGAUGGGAAAGAAUGCUAUGAUGCCUCCAAAUAUGAGUGGCAGAAAUGUAAUUACCAGCAUAUGUGCAUGGUGUCGAAAUGCAUUUCAUCUCCCUGCUAUGGCUAUUCAUCAACAAACACAAGCUGGAGUUGGUUCUUUAUGCCCGAAUUGCAGUGCAGGAAUUUCUGGGCAAGUCAACAUGCUGUAGCAUGGUCAAACUUUUCGACCACUCUUUUCCGGGCAGGUCAACUUGUUGCACUAUAGUCAACAAAAAUUCUGGCAUAAGGAAAAAGAAGAUAGGGAGACCUGAGUUUGGUCAUAUCAGCUAUUGAUUAGUGUCACCUGUAGUCAUGAAUAUUGUCCAAUCCUGGUAUGGUUUUUUGAAAUAUCAUGAGUUAUUAGUUUAUCUCAAACUUUAUAUUUCUGUAAUCUUGUUGGUUACUUUCUCUUGAUAUCAGAAUGGUGAAGUAGAAGUUUAAAAUGAA